GUUCACGGACUCGCUAUGAUUGUGGAAUUAAUAAUAGUUAUAUUUACCUGUCUUUUAGUCUUGGACUAUUUCAAUAAAAAACAUCGUGAGGAGUUAUUGAGGAAUGCAGGCAUUAGGGGACCCAAGACAGUGCCUUUAGUGGGUAAUGCUUUAUUGGCCAUUGGCAAUAGUACUUCGCAGGUUUUUGACUUUUUAAAGCAGCUGACAGAUGAAUAUGGCAAAGUGGCACGCAUGUGGUUUUUUGGCGAAUGUGUGCUGAUGGUGCAAGAUGCUAAAUAUUUCGAAAGUAUACUGAGCAGCCAGCAAGUUAUAAGGAAAAAUGCUUUGUAUGAUCUCUUAACCUGCUGGCUGGGCGAUGGUUUGCUUUUAAGCAGCGGUUCCAAAUGGCAUGGACGUCGUAAGAUUAUUACACCUACCUAUCAUUUCAAAAUUCUGGAACAAUUUGUGGAAAUUUUCGAUCAGCAAAGUUUUGUUAUGGUGGAGAGAUUGCAGCAGCAGGCAGAUGGUAAAACGGCAUUAAAUAUGUUCCCCAUUGUGUGUUUGACAGCCUUGGAUAUUAUAGCCGAAACAGCCAUGGGUGUUAAGAUUAAUGCUCAAAAGAAUCCAAAUUUCCCCUAUGCCAAAGCGGUGACAGAUGUUGCUGAUAUUAUUGCUACGCGUUUCAUGAUACCAGCUCAACGUUUUGAGACGCUUUUUAGAUUGUUGAACUACAGAAAAUACCGCCAGAUGAAGGAGAGCAUUGAAAUUAUGCACAAUUUUACGGAUAAGGUUAUUACAGAGAGACGUGAGGCUUUGGAGAAAUCUAUUGCAGAUGGCACUUUUGUGGCAAUGAACAAUGAAUGCAAUGACUUGGGUGUUAAGAAACGCAUGGCUUUCCUAGAUGUAUUGCUGCAGUCCACAGUUGCCGGUAAGCCCUUAACCAAUGAAGAUAUACGUGAAGAAGUCGAUACCUUUAUGUUUGAAGGUCAUGAUACCACCACCAGUGGUAUAUCACAUACUCUCUACCUAUUGGCUCGUCAUCCACAGGUGCAGCAAAAAGUUUUUGAAGAAAUCCAACAAGUUAUAGGAAAUGAUAAAGAUAAAGCGAUAACCAUGAGAGAAUUGCAAGAUUUAAAAUAUCUAGAUGUUGUUAUUAAGGAGAGUCUACGUAUGUAUCCACCAGUGCCCAUGAUUGGGCGUAUUACAGAACAAGAUGUGGAAAUGGAUGGCAAAAUUAUACCCGCCAAUGUUAAUAUUACUCUGCUUAUUUAUGCCGCUUGCCGUGAUCCUGAGUAUUUCCCUAAUCCCAAUGAUUUUAUACCCGAACGUUUUACCAACGACAGCUUGGAUCAUGUUAAUCCUUUCGCCUAUGUACCCUUCUCGGCUGGUCCACGCAAUUGUAUUGGCCAAAAGUUUGCCGUUUUGGAAAUGAAGAGCACUAUUAGUAAAAUGAUUAGACAUUUUGAAUUGUUGCCCUUGGGUGAGGAUGUGGUGCCGGUAAUGAAUUUGAUUUUACGUUCGGCCACGGGUAUUAAUUUGGGUUUAAAGCCUAGAGUUUAUUAAGAAGAGAAGAUUUUAACGUUUUAGUAUUAUUGUGUAAUUGUUUUAUAUUUUUGUAAUAAACACUCAAAUGACUUUAGCUUCUUUGUAA